CUCGUUCGCAAAAUCGAUUGGUGGAUUGUACCUCUUAUGUGGGCUUGUUACAAUCUGCAGUACCUUGACAAAACGUUGAUCAAUUAUGCGAAUGUCAUGGGCCUCCAAGACGACACCAAUAUCACUGGCGAUCAGUUUUCCCAACUGGCUCUUGUGUUCUAUGUUACAUAUUUGGCUUUCGAAUUUCCGACUGGGUACCUAAUGCAACGGCUGCCGACUGCGAAAUAUCUCGGCGCGAACGUAAUUCUUUGGGGGUUGAUGGUGACACUCACCGCAGCUGCGAAGAAUUGGGCUGCUCUAGUCACCUUACGAGUCCUACUUGGUUGUUUUGAGGCAGCCGUUGCCCCAGCCCUCAUCUUAAUAACAUCAAUGUGGUACAAACGUUCGGAGCAGCCUGCACGUGUCGGCUUCUGGUAUGUGGGUACCGGAACUGGUACCAUCAUCGGCGCUCUGACAUCGUUCGGCUUUCAGCACUAUGUGAGCGAAAAAUUCACUAGCUGGCAGAUCAUGUUUCUUUUAUUUGGCUUGAUCACCAUUGCCGUCGGCAUCCUUGUCGUGGUGGUCAUGCCAGAUAGCCCAAUGACUGCGAAACUGAGUCACGAAGAAAAGAUUUGGGCCAUUGAGCGUGUACGAGAGAACCAGACCGGAAUUGAGAACAAGCAUUUCAAGCUCUAUCAGGUACUCGAAUGUUUAAAAGACCCGCAAACUUGGCUCUUAAGUUUGAUUACCAUCAGCAGCAAUGUUCCCAAUGGAGCCGUGAGUAGUUACCAGGCUACUAUCAUCAAGGGCUUUGGAUACACCAGCAAGGAGACUGCACUGCUUAGUAUCCCCAGUGGAGCUAUCGCAUGCAUUUCCGUCAUAUCUUCUGGUGUGGUUGCAUCAAGGUAUAAUAUGCGAGGUCCCAUCGUUAUCGUUAUACUGCUCAUUGGCGGUAUUCUGGGGGGUUGCAUGCUGGCUUUCUUACCCAAAGAUAGUCAAGGCGGUCUCUUGGCAGGGAAUUAUCUGACUAACGUUAUUGGCUCAUCUUUGCCCCUACUAUACUCGUAUAGCUCUGCAAACUAUGCUGGUCAUACCAAAAAGGUUACCAUGAAUGCGAUACUUCUCAUGUCCUUCUGUCUCGGCAAUAUCAUUGGACCACUUACAUUUCGUAACGCCGACAAACCAAAUUACCUACCCGCGAAGAUAGCCAUAGUAGCCACCAGUGCUGUUGCAGUGGCACUUACCGGUCUGCUUAUGGCGUACUACUCGUGGGAGAACAAGCGCAGAGAUAGGCUUUUUGACAGCGAGCACAAGGAAAACAAUGAAUUCCUUGACCUAACUGACCGAGAGAACCAAGAGUUCAGAUACAGCUGGUAGUUGUUGUUCUUGAGUUUCAACCGGCGAUCUAAGAUUACUAGAGUGAGGGGAGUGUUCAGGCAUGACUUUUUGAAUGAUGGAGCACAAUGCAGAUUUGAACUCCUAGCUGAACUUUAUUGUUAGUGAGGUGAUAAAUGUGCUCAACUGCGGUGGGCUACUACUAUUACAUGCUGAGAUGAGUUUCGUCAAACCUGCACCGGUUCUAGUUGCUAGCCAAACAUGACCG